AAGCGACAGCGAGUCAUCAGCUUCAUCUGCACGCGGCGCGUCACCUCCAUCGCACGAUGCAGAAGCGGAAGCUCAAGCUGACCCAGCUUUGGCAUCGUCAAUUGCACAACCAGCACCGCUCCAAGCUUUUCCUGCAGCGCGCAGAGCAGAGGUGCCAGAUGCAAAGAUUCUCGCUGAUCAAGGGUUGCCAGAAGGCAUGAGGAGGGCAACCGUGGUGGAUCCAAAGCUGACCGCGGGCUUGAGCAGUGCAGCAGAGGGUCACAGUGACGGAACCAGCCAGACGGCUGGGGCACAGGCCGGCGCUGGAAUGGUCAGUCCAGAAAUGCAAGCGCAGUUGCAAGGCUUGGGCAUCAAGGAAUGGUUCGCAGUCCAAACGGCCGUCAUACCGCUGCUCUUGAACCAUCCAGACGCGCACUCGCUGUACCCCGCAGCAUCCACAAGCAGACUGGACGCGCGCACACUGCCACGCGACUUGUGUGUCACUGCGCCCACGGGUAGCGGCAAGACGUUGGCGUACUGCGUUCCGAUCCUCGAGGUCCUCCGACGUAGAAGGAUUCCGGCUCUUCGAGCGCUCAUCAUUCUUCCUACGCGAGAGCUGGUGAAUCAAGUUCGAGAGACUUUCGAGGUGCUGCUUAGAGCGUAUGCGACAUCCAAGUCGGCCAGCAUGGAGGCAACGACUGGGGGAGAUUCAGCUUGGAGAAAUACGAUGCCCUUGCGCAUAGCUAGCGUGACGGGCUCCAAAUCUUUUGCUAGCGAAGCGGCAAGUUUGGCGCGGUCCGAGGUGGACAUUCUUCUAGCCACGCCUGGAAGGCUGGUGGAUCACCUGCUCGGAGCUCGAGGGCAGGAUGCGGGCGAUGUGGAGGAAGACUCGAUUGGCUCGCCGAGGAACCGCGCAGGUCUAUCCGCUGCAGCUAUCUCACUGCAGCAACUAAGGUUCUUGGUGAUCGACGAGGCGGACAGGCUUUUGGGACAGAGUUUUCAAAAUUGGGCUUCGAGAUUGUUGGCUGCGCUUUCGCUCUCGGUCGAUGAGCGGCGAGCUGCUGCUCCUGAUGAGGCGAUACUGGCGCCAGCUUGGCUGAGACAACAAGCUGUCUCGCAAGGCGCGACGCUCGGUCGACAGGUGGAAGUGGAGCAGGCAAAGGGGCCAGGUAAAUGCCACGCGCAAAAGUUGCUCUUUUCGGCUACAUUGACGCGCGAUCCUGCAAAGAUGGCAGCGCUGGACCUCCACGAUCCGCACUACAUUACCGUCCGUGCCAAGCCUCGUGAGGGUGCAAAGGAUGGCCAGGACGGUUCACGUGACUUCGUUGUUGAUAUCAAGGAUGAUUUCGAACUGCCCGCUGGGCUCAAAGAACACCUGCUGGUCGUUCCGACGUCCCUCAAACCUCUGUACCUCUUGCACCUGCUCUACAGCCCGGCACCCGCCACAGCUUCUUCGAACCUGGAGUCCGCGCUACCCCUUCCACUAGGCGGAGGAAUUCUCAUCUUUACAAAGUCCGUCGAGAGCUCGACGAGACUGGUCAAGCUGAUGCAGCUGUUUGUGCAGGAACAUGCAGGCAGGAAUGCCCAGCGGACACCGCAUGCACGGCACAUCACCGUGGCGGAGUGUUCGUCUGAACUUUCGUCGGGCGAGAGACGGAGGAUCUUGUCCUUGUUCAAAAAGGGUCACAUUGACGUACUCGUCUCUUCGGAUCUCAUUGCCCGAGGCAUAGACCUGCCCUCUGUCGCACACGUCGUGUCGUACGAUGUGCCCGUGGAUAUGGCCAAGUAUGUGCAUCGCGUGGGACGCACAGCGCGGGCCAACAAUCAGGGUCACGCUUGGAGUUUGGUCGAAGAGCCAGAGGCACGAUACUUUAAGCAGAUGAUGGCUCGAUCGGGCAGGUUGGACAAGUUGAGAAGGAUCAAGCUGCAAGAUCAUGUAUUGCAACCGCUCAGACCUGCUUACGACGAGGCUCUCGGCGGUCUCGCACGAUUGUACACUAAGCAAUAACGAUGAUGCCAUGCGAGCGAUCGCGAAGUCAUCGCUUCGACGA